GUUAUUAACUGACUAUUGUCAGAUCACAAAGACAUUCACAGCAGAUUGAACCACUCACUGCUCACCACAAAAACCAUUAUGACGACAGAGGAGACAGAGAAGAAAAAAGCAAGGAUAAAAACUAAGGUGUUCAAUGAUCCAAUACAUGGACAUGUGGAGUUACACCCUCUUCUCUGCAAAAUCAUAGACACGCCUCAGUUCCAGAGACUUCGAAACAUCAAGCAGCUGGGAGGAGCCUAUUAUGUUUAUCCUGGAGCAUCCCACAACCGAUUUGAGCACUCAAUUGGGGUGGCACAUUUAGCAGGACAGUUUGCUCGAGCUUUGAAAGAGAGGCAACCAGAACUUCGAAUAAAAAAGAAAGACAUCCUUUGUGUGGAGGUUGCUGGUCUCUGCCAUGACCUGGGACAUGGGCCAUUUUCCCAUUUGUUUGAUGGAAACUUCAUUCCCAAAGCAUGUCCAGGUCGUAAGUGGAAGCAUGAGAAAGCUUCUAUUGCCAUGUUUAACCACCUGAUGAAAAACAAAGGUGUGAAGUCAGCGAUGGAGAAGUACAGACUAGAUGAGAAAGACAGGGACUUCAUCAAGGAAAUGAUUUUUGGACCUCUGAAAACUAAAACAUCUGAGAGUAUGGAGAGCAAGGAGUGGCCAUACAAAGGACGAACAAAGGACAAGUCCUUCCUCUAUGAAAUUGUGUCCAACAAAAGAAAUGGCAUCGAUGUGGAUAAGUUUGACUAUUUUGCCAGGGACUCCCUCCAUUUGGGCAUGAAGAAUUCUUUUGACCACUGCCGUUUCAUCAAGUUUGCCAGGGUGUGCAAGGUUAAAGGGGAAUGGCAAAUCUGCAUUAGAGACAAGGAGGUGUCCAAUAUCUAUGAAAUGUUCCACACAAGGAGCCGUCUCCACAGAAGAGCCUACCAGCACAAAACGAACAAGAUCAUCGAGCUGAUGAUCACAGAGGCCUUUGUGAAAGCAGACAAACACAUCUGUAGAAAAGGUUCAAAAGGAAAGACGUUCACUCUCUCUGAAACCAUAAAGGACAUGGAAGCCUACACCAAGCUGACCGAUCACAUAUUUGAUGAAAUACUCAACUCUUCCUCUGAUGACCUGAAGGAGGCCAGGGAAAUUCUGCAGAAGGUCAUCACCCGCAAACUCUACCCAUAUCUGGGCCAAACAAAGCCUAAGCAAAACCAAGACAUCACAGAGGGUUUCACGGAACUCAAACGAAAACUGGCUGAAGUCUUCGAUGGCACAAGGAAGCAAGGUGACUUUAAAAUCAUUGUCAGUAAAAUUGACUUUGGGAUGAAACACAAAAACCCCAUUGACAACUUGCGUUUCUACAAGAAGGAUGAACCUGACAAGGCAUUUAAGAUUUCCGAUGACCAGGUGUCAGACUUUGUUUUGCCAAGCAUCUUUAGUGAGCAGUGGAUCCGUGUUUACUGGAACAAAAGCCUCAGUAGAAAAGAGCUAAAAGCUGCCAGAGAGAUUUUUGAAAACUGGCGCCAAAAGAUCCCCCAUCCUGAGUCAAAUGCAGAUGGUCCCCUGAAGAAAAAGCAGAAGGGAGGAAAAGGAAAAUGAGAGCAAACACUCACUUCUUUAUAAAUGAAAAUGAUUUCAUUUUUCUAUGAUGCAGUAGCUAAACUUGGAUCAUGAAAACUUUUCACACAAGAAUUUAUAUAUUCCAUAUCAUCAGGCCACAAAUUGCAUUGUUUUAAAAAGCUUCUUUUAGGCUACAUUCAGACUGCAGGCAAAUCUAGCCCAAAUCUGGAUUUUCUUGCCCAUAUAUGACCUGUAUCCGAUAUCUUAAAGACAGUUUGAACAGCACAAAUCCGUUUUUUUUUUUUUCAAAUCCAACCCAGGCCACUUUCAUAUGUGGUCCUAAAUCCGAUAUGUAUCUGAUAUUGUGCAAUGCAGCUUCAGCUGAACAGCAUUUAUCCAAUCUUUAUGUCACUGAAAUGCGACAAACGUCACAAUGCCGCGUCCCAGGAGUGUUACUGAGCGUUACUACAACAGUGCAUGUCUGCAUGGUCACAUAUUACAUCAGGACCUCUUUUGCGUAUGCGGGUCACUUCACGGUCACAUUCAGUUCAUACUCAAAACUGAUAGAGGUUACAUUUAAUUUGUAAUUUGAACGAGCACACAAAAAAAUGAGAUUUCAUCAAAAAAAUCCUAAUUGUGCAUUAAGACCUGCUGUCUGAACGUAGUUUUCUGUCUCUGUUUGCAGCUGCUGACAUUAUAAGUGAAAUCACUUUUAAGUUUUUUGAUGUUUGUUUGUUUGUUUGUUUGUUUUUGUAAUCAUGAUAUCAUGGUAUGGUGUGGUUAAAAAAUUGGCCUAAUUGUUCUUAACUUUUUUCAGUUAUAGCGUGUGGCUUGAUCAAUGUGUUUAAUGUAACUGUUUACAUAUAUGGGUUCAUAAGGUUGGUGAUGGAUGAUCAUCUUUAACUCUAUUGUAGCUACUCACAUACACAGCUCAAGAUGCUUUAUAGUAACCACCAGUACUUAAUAGAUUUGGAGAUUUGCUUUUGCUCAUAAUUUGAAAACUGUGUUUGAAAUGUACGUGUUGUGUUUGUAAUUUAAAAUAUAUGGGAAAAUAUUGAUAUUGGUAACCUACAGAUUUUUCCUGCUUUGUUUAGAAUCAAAACUAUUAUUUGCUUGUGUGUGAUCUAAUACAGAUAAAUUGUCAACAACACUAUUGUGUGAUGUAUAUGAAUGAAGAGAACGUUGAUAGCUAAACAUAAAUAGCCACAACCACAAUAACACUUUAGAUGAGCAAUCCAGAGAAACAAAUAUUCAGUAGGGGUUCCUUCCUGCAUGAUCUAGAUCCAUAACUGCGUUUUUUCCCUACAGUAUAGCUCCACCCUCCCAGUGACAGCCAAAGAGCAGAAAUAGCAUCAAGUUAACUGAUAGAAACAAACACCGGAAAUGACAAAUGUGAAAUAAAGUCAUAUAUUCGAAUAUGUGUUGGAAUAUAAGAACAGAUUGAGGCUAUCGUGAAAUGUU